AUUGUACUUUCAUUUAUCACAGUUCCAUCAUGAUUGCUCUAAUUUCUGCCGUGAUUUUUUGUUUCCUGACCUCAGCCUUGGCCCAGCAAGGUUGCUCUAGCGAAGGUCAGUUCACUGAUAGUGCUGGCUCCUAUGUAUUCUCGUGGUCAUUGCAAUCAAAUGGAAUGUAUGUUGACUGCAAUGUGUCUGUGAAUACAGCAGAUAACAGAUGGGUUGCAGUUGGAUUCUCUGAAAAUCGAGCCAUGCCUGAUACUGAUGUCAUUAUUGGUGCUAAUGAUGGAACUGACGAAUUUGUAGAAGACAGGUGGAAUAGUCAAAACCGGGCAGCUGGACCAUCACUUGAUCCUAUGCAGAAUAUUAUGAAUACUUCAUCAAUGAGGGAUGGCAAUAGGCUUACCAUAAGUUUUACCAGACCACUUGUCAGUCCUGAUACUAGUGGUAGAGAUGAAAAUCUUGAUGUAUGCCGUAACGUCCUUUGAGCUUUUGGAGGUACAACCACUUUUGUGAAUGGCAGUGUAACUGCUCUUGGGGACCAUUCUAAUAGAGGUAUCUUUGCGGAUCAGCUUUGCCUAUGCACAAUUGCAUCAACAACAGCAACGCCAACAAUGACACCAACAGCAACAACAGUGACACCAUCAGCAACACCAACAGCGACAUCAACAGCAACAGAGACACCAGCAGCAACAGAGAUACCAGCAGCAACAGAGACACCAUCAGCAACAGUGAUACCAUCAGCAACACCAGAAGAGACACCAGAAACUACAUCUAGUGCCGCCUCAGUUAUAAAUGUCGCAGUUCUUACUUCUAUAUUUAUCUUUAUUGCUACAAUUUUUUGAACUAUUAAACUAGAAUAGAUAAGAGUGUAGUGUCAUGUGAUUAUCCAUGAUUUUUGUUUGAUUUUAACAGUUCAUAUUUUGCUAAAUUUAAUGUUUUGUUUAAAGUUUAAAA